GGGACAUAUAUACAGCGCGCUGUAGCAUCUAAGCUCGAUCUGUAGUAGCGUCAAUUCGCACAGCCACAUUAGAAUCCUUGGCAACGACACGUGACUUUCCCCGCCCCUUACAGCCUAGACGAUAAUGUUGAUAAUACCUUGAACCUCGUCACAGCCACUAUACGCUAUAUACGACUGCGUGUCUGCAGAAUGCCGACCACUAUAAGACGACAUGCGCAUCACGACUCUUCCGAAUCAGACCAAUCUAACGUUAGAAUUGAAAUCGCUCAAGGUGCGCACGGCGUUCGCUCUGAAGACGACCGCGAUUCCUCGGAGAGUGACGACCAUGGCGACCACACGCCAGCAAUAGUUCCGAACGUUCUUCGAGAGCUAAGUGUGUUGCAGCGGCAGAUGAUUCAUAAUUUCGGAGGCCUACAUGGUGACUUGCGAAACACAAACCGACGCCUUGACGAGCAGCGAGCAGACACAAACCGACGCUUUGACGAGCAGCGAGCAGACACAAACCGACGCCUUGACGAGCAGCGAGCAGACACAAACAGACGUUUUGACGAGCAUGGCAAGAUCUUGGGUCAACUGGAAGCACAGCUCGUCCAUAUGAAGGCACAACAAAUUAACCAAAGAGCGACUCACAUUAACAAUCCAGUUCAGCCAGUCGGACGCGAUGACGGCACGCCCAUUCCGACUGAAUUGUCCCAGCAAUACAACCACGUUCACAAAUUUCUGCGUCUCAAACAUCGGGAUAAGUCGCAAGUAUUGGCUGCGCUUCUUCGCUUCUACGGUUUAACUUCAACGUCAUGGUCUACGUGGGGACUUAUCUCGAUGUCGUCCUGGGAUAGGAGUGAUACAGAAGAGCCGCUUAUGACACACGAUACUUUGGAGAUAGCUAUCAGCUGGGCGCCGGAGAUCGCGCUACAAGAGCUUGCAAGGUACCUCGGACUGGACUAUGACAAGAUCACGAUCAAUGUGGAAGAGUACGAGAACUUGCAACAGAGACGUGCAACUCAGAACAAGCGGGCAAUGGCAGACGAAUUGGCAUCUUCGAAACGAGAGAGACUCGUAACACCAGAGCGGCAAGGAGCACAUAUACCGCAAGCCGACAGGAUGAAGAAACCAGCAUCUAUUAGGACUCAGUCAGAAGAGUUAGGGUGGGACGCCCGCGCUACAGAAGAUCGGACACCAGUGUCACAACGGCCUCGUUUCAAGGACGGUUCUCGAUAUCGGCAGCCGAGUUUAUCCCCAACUUCAGUGGCGACGUCUGAUGCACAGCUUCCAUCACGCACGAAACAAUGAUCGUUUGUACUGCUGAACAGUUUCUCUAUCUUGCAAAAUGUGUGCAAUAUUUACCGAAUAUUAGUACAUACGUGCUUCUGGGGCUUUCCACCGUGACACGUCCAUAACUCUGGUCCCCGGCCAUGCCUCAUAACUUGAUACGGCAGUGGUGUCGUUCGCACCAUCUUCCAGG